UUAUAUUUUAUGUACCGGGUUAAAGCAGCUAAAUAUGUCUUUUCCAACGGUCUCGUCCCACUUCGUAUCGGAGAAGAUAUCCUCCGUCCGGUGGCUGCCGGAACAACUGCAGCAGAGCGAUCGCUUCGUAACCGGCAGCUGGGACAUGGACCAGAACUUUGUGCGCUUGUACCGCUUGCAAUCGAACCAGUACGCGGACACCAACGUGGAUUUCGUUCCGCGCUGCAACGACAAGGUGGCCAUAGAAGGAGACGUCACAGCAAUGGAGUUCGCCGACAAGAACACAUUGGCCGUGAGCUGCGCCGAUGGCCACCUCAGUUUGCUGAAUAUGCAGCGUGCCGUGGAGGAGGAUCAGCUUCAGCGCACAGCACGCAGCGAACGACUGCACUACUUCAAGCGCACCAACAAAUCCUCACCGUGCACCGACCUUUCCGUGUAUGGCGGGGACAUUGCCACCGUUGGCGAAGACGGCUGCGUCAACAUAAUGAAUGCCAGCAACAUAAAGCAAGUGAAACGCACCAUAGAGGCAGAUAGCAUGUCCCUGCUCUCGGUGUGCUAUAUCAGCCAGCAACAGUUGGUCACUGCCAAUCGCAUGGGCGUGAUCCGCAUCCUCGAUGCCCGCGCUUCCACCGCGGCGCAGGAAAAAAUUUCCAUCAUGGUGGGCAGCAAGGACGAAAAAAGUUCCAACUAUGUUUCCGCCCUGGGUACGCAUCCCAUGCAGCACCACAUUCUUCUUUGCGGCACUGAGGAGGGCACUAUAACGGUGUGGGAUCUGCGCAACUUGCAGUUCCCUGCCUCGUAUCUAAGUGCACAUGAAAGUGCCAUUACCGACAUCGCCUUCCAUCGUAACGAUCCCUCGAAGGUAUUCACAGCCGCCGAGGAAGGCGAGGUCUGGAUGUGGUCGGAAAACAAGGGGAUAGGCGACCGAAACCUUCACGAUGGCAAAAGCGCCUGGCUGAGUGGGGAUCGUUUGCGUUCGCUGGUCAAUGUGGAUGGCGUGUUGACCAGGAUUCGCAAGGCCAUCAAUUCCUUUGAUAUGAAUGGGCCGCGCCUCAUAUGCGGCGGGGACACAGAAGCUGUUUAUUUAGUAGAUAAUAUUUUUUGAAGCAAUAUCUGUUCACUGCCAUUCAAAUACAAUUUUUCCGUUACGCCUCCUCA